UCUGUGCAAAGUGACAGUUCCCUAAUGGAUAUUUCUUUUCCCCUUUAGCAAUGAACAAAACGGCUACAAUCAUCUGGCCAAGCUUUUUGUUCGAAAUGAUGCUGCUACUAUCUUGAGAGAGCUGGAAGCGAGUUUUCCUAGAAUAAGAUAGUUCAGUUGGAAGGGACCUUCAAAGAUCGAGUCCAACUGUCUGAGCUCUUCAAGGAGAAUCAAAAGCUAGAGCCCAUUCUUGAGGGCAUUGCCCAAAUGCCUCCGGAACACUGGAAGUCCUGGGGUGUCAAGCACCUCUCAAGGAUGCCUGUUCCAGGGUUUGAUCGCCCCACAGUAAAGAAUUCUUUCCUAAUGUGCAGUCUGAACUUAACCCUUGCAGCUUUUCACCAUUUCCGUGCAUUCUAGCAUUCUUGCUUCAGAAGCCUUCAAGGCUGUAAACUACUGUUUCUCUUAGCAUGGGUCCAGACGGUUCUGGAUGCUAACUGGAAGUGUGUCACCCUGCCAGAGGACUUGUGUAUGCCAUUUUGUUACAUUCUUCACUGGAUUGGAGGAAAGUAAAUGAGCUCUACCCAGCAUGGCCAUCAAGCAGAUGCAGAAGACGCUUAGUCAUUGGGUACUUUGUUCUCCCAAACCACUGCAGAUUUAGAAGAGAGUACGCCUAGACAAUGCAGUGUUUGGAAAACUGACUGAAAUAGCUGGUGUAUUAAUCUCCUGAUGUUGGUGGUUGCCACGUUUUGUCUGCCUACAAUAUGGUGAUCAGAGAGAUGAAGCUGGGGAUAGAACAGCAUCCUCUUCUGAAUAAAGUCAAGUCAACAUUGUGGAAAGACUGACUUCUAGCUUCUUUCUCAUACUGUGCAAAGUGUGUCUAUAUUACUAUGCAAAUAAUACUGAGUUCUACACGAGACAGAAGAUCUAGACACAUUUCUAGACAGAAAUUAUUUUCUAGGAUAAUCAUCAAGAAAGCUGGCCAGCUGUAGGGCAGCAUCUUCAAAGCAGUAGUAAUUCCUUACUUAAUGUAUGCAGUCUAAGUAGGGCUAGUACGGAAGUCUCCAUUCUGAUUUUAAAAAACAAUACAAAUCUGAAGACUAGUUGCUUAAUCUAAUGAAGUCAUGCACCUUACUCUCUGGCAUAAGGUGACACUUGCUCCAGUUAUUUUCAAGAACGUGGUGUUGUUAUUACACUUUGGGGAAAAAAAUACGUAAACUUGGUGUGAGAUGAGUACAUUCCCAGGGUAGGUAAAACACUAGAAUUAAACUGUAAUGUAGAGAUCUUGUUCGUAAGACACACAUAUGUGAAUUCAGCUUAUAGGUCUAAAUUCAGGCUUCUCUCAUGUUGCAGAAGCGACAGUGAAACCUCUGCACGCUGUCAAAAUAGCACAGAACCAAUAACAAGGAUGUCCAAUGUAUGUUGCAGGGGAGACGUUCGGGUCUUUGUGAUUUUUUUUUUCAUAGAUGUUUGUCGUUGUGGCUUUUAGAGAACUGACCCAGUGAUGUUAAUCCGCAUUGCUUUCUUUUCCUACUUCAUGCAUUCAGCGUGUCUUUAGAUAUAGCUUGAAAUUCGGGAGCUUAUACUGGACGCACAGGAAAAACCAGGAGCUGCAGUCCAGGUGAGCUGUUAGUGACCAAGAUGUGUGACUGCUUUUCAAGGCCCAGCACCCUACUGCAAAAAUGCUUGUGAAGGCUUGCCACAUGCAAGAGCAAGAAGUUGGAGAUGGAACUAGCUUUGUCCUUGUUCUUGAUCAAGUCCUGCAGAAAUUAGCCUUCUGAGGCUGGGAUUAUCAGUCUCAGAGGCAAGCUCUAUUGCUCCUGCCGUUCUGGAGAUUUAGUUCACACUGCCAUUGGUCAUAGAACUGUGACUAGUCUGCUUUCUUCCAAAUGAAUUUUUAGUCAGAGGUGUAUGGAGAAGAGCACUGUAUGUUUCUGUUGCUUGUGAUUGUUUGCUUCCCUUGUAAGCUUUUCCAUUUGUUUAUGUUGUAUGGCCCUUUUCCAAGGAGGUAGAAGCAAUACGAAUGCACAGCCAGGUGAAAUAUUUGUUGUUUGCUGCACAGGUGAGUGAAAGAUAUGAAAACGUUGGCAAGGAAGCCCUAGACAUUCUUCCAGACGGGGUGUGCUGUUCGCAAUGAACCUUGGAGAGUUUGAAGUGGCAUCUGUGUUGCGUCUUUCAGUCAUACGCAGAAAGGAUGGCACUGAAGGCUUCUUUUGUUGAAGCUUAUUGCUCAGGCCUGUAGCAAGUGGAUAAGAACAUACCUGUGCACGCGUCUAAAGACUUCAGUGGCUUGACUAACUUCUUCAUAGAAGACAAAAGUUGUGGUUAGUUUAUCAGGGUAAACUGAUGGAAUACAUCAGCCUCUGAAAUUAGUAUGACAUUGAACUCUUUGCUGACACUGUGGCUCAGAAAAGACCUGUACUUUCUACUAAAUCUUUACGGAAAUAGCUUCCUGCUUUUAUCUUUCAAGCAGAAAACCCUUUUUCGUAGACUUUGUUGGCAUUGCGAGGAUACACGAAGAGAAUUCUGCAGAAGGGGGGGGUGUGAUUUAAAAGGCUAAGAGAACACACUGAGUGUGUUGGCUUGCUUUCUCAACUGCUAACAUAUCCAAUCAAAGCCUAGGAACUGAAUCAAGAAAGGAAGGGUUGCACAUCUUCCGUUUAUGGCAUUCUCAAAAUGUACGUAGUGUCUUGUUCUAGUUGGACCUACAGAGCAGCCUCUGGCAGACCACUGGCAUUGCAGAGCAUCACCUUGCUGAAGCAGCGCUAUUGAAGUCCCUAAGCAUUUGCAAGGAACAGUGACAAACUGGUAAGAGAUUGCUGUUUGCUUGUGUUAACCUUGCCUGCCUGGGAGCCUGAUUUCCCUCCCCAGCUGGAGAAGCCGGAGGGACAUCAAGGAGGCUGGAAGGGGGCUAUUCAGGGGACCACACAGGGAAGGGGAAGCAACGGCCAGCUGAGGGCUGAUCCCUUUUAAAUGGCUUGAUUUGCUUCUUGGCUCUUGAGUCAAAACACCCAUAGCUACGUUGCAGGACCAGCAAUAUGCCUGCUCCGGCUGCUCCAGACAGAGCCACACUGUGAUGUCACUGUGAUGGUGACACUGGGUCGUCACGGUGACGUUUGAGCUUCCCCCACCAGAACCCCCAGACAGUCCGUUGAGCCUCACUGGCUGACUGGCAGCACCAGCAGUAGCCUCUGGCAGAAAUGGCUGCAGACGGAAACUCGAGUGACAACGAGAUAAAUGACAUCAAACAGGAGCCACUGCCAGAAGACAUGUCGUACGGUUUUGCUCCAGACGAGCUGUUUGAGUCUUCGGACUCCCCUGCUCCUGAGCCUCUGGCACAGGAUAAAGGAGCAGCUUGUGAUGCUCCUGGAGCAUCAACAAGGGGAGAAAAAGAUCCCCAAGCUCUCCCUGAGGACCCUGAGACCAAACACCUUCCUCAUCAUUCUUCUGAGGAGGACGCUGGCCAGGACAACGUCUUCUCAUCCCUCGGCUUCCCAAGGAAACUCUGGCAACUGGCUGAAAGUGAGGAAUUUAAGGCCAUCUGGUGGGGUCACUCUGGAACCUGUAUCGUGAUCGACAAGGAAAUGUUUGAAGCGGAAGUGCUGGGAAGGACAAGCCCUCCGAGAGUUUUUGAGACUGAGAGAAUGCAAAGUUUCAUCCGUCAGCUUAAUCUCUAUGGAUUCAGAAAACUGCAGCAGGACCUGCAAAGCUCUGCCUCGCUUCCUGAUCUUCCUAAAGAAGAGGAUGCAUUUUCUGCUCCUAGGAAGCUACUCUACUACUAUAACCCCAACUUCAAGAGAGCUGCUCCCCACCUGCUCAAGAACUGCAAGCGACGAGUUGCCCCCAAGAGGAAAGCCCUGCAGGCGGGGCUGGAUGAGAGCUGCCCCAGCAGCAGCCUAAAUUCCCAGCCUGGCUGCAGAGACCUUGAUAUGGAGGAGGACGACCCCAUGGCAGCAGCUCCAGCAGAAACACAGCCAGCGGCACGCGCAGGGUCCCCAGUCCCCAGGCACCGGGCAAAAGCCACCCCUGAAGCCAGCGGAGCCCCGACAGCCUCGCAGGGAGCUUCUCCCACCCUGCCAGAUCCUGCUGCAGCAGCAGGCAGGGCCAAGCAGCAGCGUCUGGACCCCUCCCUGCUGCUAGCAGGCAGCAGCCACACCUCAGCUGCCGCUCCUGCUCCCUCCCCACACCACGUCCUCCCUUCCCACAUCCCCCUGUGCCCAAACGCAGGAGCUCCGCAGGCUCCCCCGGCUGCCCUGCCUCCGUGCCGUCAGCUACCCUUUCCACUGGCCUUGCUGGCAGUCGCCUCGGCUGCAGCCCUUUUGCAGCCAUACAGCUGGCAGUGCCUGGCAGCCCCACACUGCCCGACCUGCACCUGCGAACAAGACAGGGCAGCUGCCGGAGACACAAUGGCACCCAGGCAUGGCACCCGCUAGACAGAGCACGGAUAGCAGCACCCCCUCACACGUUCAUAGUCUCUUAGUUCAUAGGUUGAUAGUGCUGGAGUUCAACUGUUACAAUAAGAAAACGUUCCCAGUUCCACUUGGUUAGGUCAUAGAUUGA